GAUGUCCUCUGGACAGCUGGAUCUUUGUCUAGUCAGGUUGCCAAACAUAGCACCCGCCAUCCUUUGUUGUGCAGCUACAAGGUAGCCCCCCCCUACGGGCCCCAUACGGCCAUACCCCAUACUCCUUCACUCUCACCUCACCUUCAAUACUGAGUACUUCACGCUAGGGGUGCCCUGUGCCCAGGCCCCAAGUACUUGUUUUCCUUUCUCCCGGCUUCCCUCGACCUCCCCGACCUCCCAGACCUCACCUAAAUCAUCCUUGUCCACGACUCUCAUCAUCAUUGUUCACAUCCCUCAGAACGACAACAAUAAUCAUCGGAGCCAAAAUGACCCCCGGUGAGCCAAUCCGGCGCACUGCCGAUGAUGAAAAAGCCGACCUGGAGCAGGCUGUGAAGCACGUCAUGACCGAGAUGUACCGUGAGUGGCCCAACGACGCAGGAUUUGACGGUCUGAAGGAAGAGAAAGGCCCCAUUGAGAUCAAGGUCCACGGCAGUAUCCCUUCCUGGGCUGCGGGAUCCCUCUACCGCACCGGUCCCGGCAUAUUCGAGAUCAACGACACUUCCCAGGGGAAAUACACGAUCUCACAUUGGUUUGAUGGCCUUGCCCACACCCAUCGAUUUGAUAUCAUUGCUUCUGGUGAUGAGCAUGCCACUGUCAUGUACUCGUCACGCCGCCAAUCUGAGGCCUUGAUGCAGCAGAUCCAGCAGAGCGGUCGACAUGCCGUGUACACCUUUGGACAGCGCAAUGACCCCUGCAUGGGCUUGUUUUCCAAGUUCAUGGCAGCCUUCUAUGCCGCAAUCCCCAAGCCUGGACGCCCAUCCUCCGAGAACGUCUGUGUCACCGUUCAAGUCAGCCCUCCCGGGUUUGGCACUGGUACCAAGGAGGACAAGCCGAAUGGGAAAUCGCCCGAGCCGGGCCAGAACCUUGGCCACCGCUCUGGCUAUCCCGCGUCGGUUUGGUUGGCAACCGACACCUCGAGCUACCGGCAGAUUGAUCCCAUGACUCUGGAACCCAUCGGCUUCGCCACGCAGGCCACCUUGCACCCGGAUCUGAAGGGUCCGCUCUCCUGCGCCCACGGGCAACGCGACCCCAUGACUGGCGACAUGUUCAACUUCAACCAGAACUUUGGAAAGGAUGCCGUGUACCGCAUCUUCCGCGUCAGCGCGGCGACCGGCAAGACUGAUAUCUUGGCCGUGAUCCAGCGGGCCGGACUCAGCCCGUCGUACAUCCACAGCUUCUACCUCUCGCCGAGUUUCGCCAUUAUCUGCAUCCCCAGCAGCCACAUCGCAUGGAACGGGCUGAAGAUCGCCUGGGAGCGCAGCGUCCUCGACGCCAUCAAGCCAUUCGACGAGAACGACAAGUGCAAGUGGUUCGUCAUCGACCGCCUCCACGGCCGCGGCGUGGUUGCCGAGUUUGAGACCCCCGCCGGGUUCUUUUUCCACACGGUCAACUCGUUCGAGGAGACCGAUGAGCAGGAUGAGAAGGAUGGCACCGUCAGCCUGUUCUGCGACGUCAUCCAGUACGCCACGACCGAUGUCCUGCGUGCCCUCUACUACGACACCAUCACCCAAAAGAACGGCGCGACGCAGAAGUUCUGGGAUAGCGAGCAGCGCGUCCACGACACCAACGCCACCCUGGUCCGUCACAAGGUCCGGGUCCCCGUCAACGUCGCCGGCGGAACCCCCGGGAGCAAGGCUCAGAUCCCUCCGCAGCUCAAGCCCGAGACCGUCGUGUCGAUCGCGGGCCCUCACUGCGGCGAGCUACCGACCAUCAACCCGGCCUUCUCCACCAAGCGCCACCGCUACUGCUACGGCCUGGCCAACCGCGGCCUGAGCACCCUGGUCGAUACCAUUGCCAAGACGGACAUGGACACGGGCGAGGCCCUCUGGUGGAACACCCCAGCCGGCCACACGCCCGGCGAGGCCAUCUUCGUGGGGCGCCCGGGAGCCGUCGACGAGGACGACGGCGUGCUGCUGAGCGUCGUGCUCGACGGGGAGGCGGCCACGAGCUACCUCCUCUGCCUGGACGCCCGCACCAUGAAGGAGCUGGGCAAGGCUGAGGUCGGGUUUGCCAUCGGGUUGGGAUUCCACGGAGCCCAUGCCCAGGCUUGAUUCAAGGGGGUGAAAGGAAAGAGUUUGUUUUCUUGCGGAUGGAACCUGGAACGCUUCACGUAGGCAUGUAGGCGCAUUUAGCAGACCAUGCAGGGAGGGGAUGGUUGCCUGCCCUAU